AUGCCAAAGCCAAACAGCAUAGGUUUAGAUCAUUCCAACCGUUAUAUAACAGAGGAGAAGAACUACAAUCGUGAUGAAUUGAAAGAAAAACAUGAUGAAUGGAUAGAUAUGAUGACGUCGGAGCAAAGGGCAAUAUAUGAUGAGAUAAUGGUAGCUGUUUUAAAUGACGGUGGAGGAGUCUUUUUUGUUUACGGUUUUGGGGGAACAGGAAAGACUUUUAUGUGGAAAACUCUUUCUGCAGCUGUUAGAUACAGGGGAUUGAUAACUAUAAAUGUUGCCUCAAGUGGUCUAGCUUCUUUGCUGUUAGAGGGAAAGACUUUUAUGUGGAAAACUCUUUCUGCAGCUGUUAGAUACAGGGGAUUGAUAGCUAUAAAUGUUGCCUCAAGUGGUAUAGCUUCUUUGCUGUUAGAGGGUGGAAGGACUGCACACUCAAGGUUUUGUAUCCCUAUAAAUCCUGAUGAUUUUACAACCUGUAAUAUCAAUCCUACUUCAGAUUUGGCUAAGAUGUUGAAAGAAGCGUCUCUCAUCAUAUGGGACGAAGCACCAAUGAUGAGCAGAUAUUGUUUUGAGAAUCUGGAUAGAAGUUUAUCAGAUAUAAUGAGAAAUGCAGACAACAAGCCGUUUGGUGGAAAGGUAGUUGUAUUUGGAGGCGACUUUAGACAAGUAUUACCUGUAAUAAAUGGUGCUGGUAGGGCUCAGAUUGUUCUAGCUUCAUUAAACAUUUCGUAUCUAUGGGAACAUUGUAAUGUUCUGUCUUUGACGAAGAAUAUGCGGCUUAUGUCAAAGAAUAUGACAGAGAUUGAAUCAAGGAAUAUAAAGGAGUUUUCUGAUUGGAUUCUAGCUGUUGGAGAUGGCAAAAUUCCCGAAACAAACGAUGGGGAAGCUCUUAUUGAUAUUCUAGUAGAAUUGCUGAUAACAGAUGUAGUUGAUCCUAUUGAUUCUAUAAGUAGAGCCGUAUAUGGUGAUUUGGACAAGUUGCAUACGAAAACAGAUCCGAAGUUUUUCCAAACAAGAGCUAUUUUAUGUCCAACAAAUAGUGAUGUUAACACCAUCAAUGAAAGACUGCUUUAG